AUGUCCAACAAUAACUGCAGCUCUGAAAACUACAGCUCUCCCUCUCUUGAGAAUUCAGGUCACACUGCUAUUACCACAUCGAGUGCUCUCUGCUCCACUGACGUGAGCUCUGGAGAUGCCCCCUGCUCUCCUGGUAACAGCCUUGGCAGCAACACACUCCAGGACAAGUGCCAGGAACUUUGCAAUGAACACACAAGCUGCCAAUCAACCAACUGUGGGAGGGUUUCCUGUAGCCCUUCUGGCUCCUCUCCAGUUAUUUCUGAUGUGUCUCCAUCUCAUCAAGGAACUAGCUGUCUUCCUAUCACAUCCUGUGAUUCCAGUCUCUGUCUUCCAGCAUCCAAUAGACAACUUUUGGGCUGCCAUCUUCCAAGUCACCGGUCCUACAGCUACCAACCCUUGCACUACCCGACCUUUGGCCGACAACCACUGAGUUACCUUGGCUAUGAUCGCCAGGCACUGAGAUACCUGACCUGUGGAUGCCAACCUCUCAACUGCUUGCCUGACUCUUAUAGACCUAUCAGCUACAGAGACAGAAAUUUUCAACCAUGCUCCUCUUCCUUGAGUGGCUGGAGGUACCGUUACUGA